AUGCGUCCUGCAUAUUUAAAUCCAAAACCAGCACCACGAACAAUUCCACCAACUUACCAACAUCUUACUCAACAAGUUCAACGUAAACCAGCAUUAUAUGGGGCUGGCCAACGUAAGUACAACAAUUUUCAUAAAUUUCAAACAGGUACAACAACAACAUUCAAUGGUUACACAAAUUAUAAUGGUUCAAAUAAUAUUAACUUACCUCCUAUACCAGCACCACGUCAAAAUUUACCACCAGCACCAUUUUAUAAUAAUAAUAAUAAUAAUAAUAAUAAUCGUUAUCAACAACAACAAAAUUACCAUUAUAAUCGUUACAAUAAUUAUCGUAGACCCAACUUUUACAAUAAUAAUAAUUAUAAUAAUAAUAUCAAAAAUUUACCAUCUUUACUUGAUAUUAAUCCAUUUCAUUUACCAUCUGAACAUAAUACCCGAUCAUUCCAUCACGCCCAACAAUAUCAUCCAAAUCAGCAACAUCAUCAACAUUUACCACGUCCAACAUCACGUACCCGUUUCCAUAUGUUAUCACAAUUACCAUCUCAAUCUCGUUCCCGAUCACGUUCACCAUUUCGUCCACCACCAAUAAAACCACGUCGUAUUUACCAACAACAACAACAAAAUAAUAAUAAUAAAAUAAUUAUCGUCGGAAUUAUACUAUCCGAUUCAAUGUGUUCUCGUGUGAGAACUUAUGCAUUAAAAAAUAAUUAUAUUAACAUUGAAUUAUCUUAUGAAUCAGGUUGUGAUAUUGUUAAAAUGAUAAAUUGGUUAAACACACCUGAAGGUCGUGGUACGGUAGGAGAUAAACAAUUCUUAGUUUUUUGUUUGGGUACUAACGAUGUGGGGCGGUACGGAGUAGAUGUUUCUCUGCAGCGAGUCAGCGAGCUCAUACGUUUUGUUCGCCAGUCAUUCCCUGGUAUCCGUACCAUUGGUUGGUUAUCUUUGUCACCCCGGUGGAAACCAACGAGAUUCGUCUCCGCGGCCAAAAUCGGACAAAUGCAUAACCAAUUCAAUGAGCAUCUCCGAUUCUUAUCUAAGCAAUUAGAUUUUGAUAUUGUUGAUGCGCGUCUCGGACCCUUGGAUAUGCGUGUAGAAGAU